AUGGCAAACAAUAUAAAGAUCGAUGAACUAAAGGCACUUAUCCAUCAUAAGAGUAUGACGAAGAAUUUUGUAAAGGAUGUGAAAAAUAAUUAUGAAAUAAAAAGUAUAAAUUUUGGAAUUAUGAGUAAAGAAGAUAUAAUAAGAUAUUCUGAAGUUAAAAUAUUAAAUAGAGAGAUGUAUAAAAAUAAUAGCAAUGGUAUACCUUAUCCAUAUGGUGUAUUAGAUUUAAGGUUAGGAGCACAUAAAAGUAAUUCUAUAUGUGAAACAUGUAAAAAAAAAUUAAUAAAUUGUUCAGGACAUUUUGGUUAUAUAGAAUUAAAUUAUCCUGUUUUUCAUAUUGGAUAUUAUAAAUAUAUUAUUCAUAUAUUAUAUUGUAUAUGUAAAACAUGUUCGCAUUUAUUAUUACCAUUAGAAAAAAUUGAAUUUUUUUCUAACUUAAAAAAAAAAAAAAAUAUUGAUGAUUCACUUUUUAAAAGACAAUUUUUUAAAAGAAUAUUAAACAUCUGUAAGAAAGUUAACAAAUGCUAUAGAUGUGGAAGUCCACAAGGUGUUAUUAAAAAAAUAAUAAAACCAAGUUUGGAUCAAUUCAUGAAAUUAAAACAUAUCGUUAAAGUAAAAGAGAAUGGAAAACAAGUUAUAAAGGAAGAAGAUUUAAAUAGUUUAUAUGUAUUAAAAUUAUUUAAAAAUAUAAAUCCAUUUUAUAUAAAAUUAUUAAAUAUAGAAAAUCCAGAAAAACUUAUUAUUACUACAUUGAUAGUACCACCAAAUACAAUAAGACCAUCAGUAAUUAUAGAUGAGCAUGGUACAGCAGAAGAUGAUUUAACAUGUAUAUUAUCAGAAAUUGCACAAUUAAAUAAUACUAUAAAUAAUCAAUCAGCUAAUGGUUAUCAAACUAAUCAAUUUCUAGGAAACAUUGAAUUUUUACAAUUACAAGUUACUAGAUUUAUAAAUAGUGAUUCACCAGCUGUUUCUCAACUAUUAGCAACCCAAAAUAUUUCGAAACCAGGUAGAGGAAUAUGUCAAAGAUUAAAAGGGAAAGAAGGUAGAUUUAGAUGUAACUUGUCAGGAAAAAGGGUUGACUUUUCAAGUAGGACUGUCAUAUCUCCUGAUCCAAACAUUUCAAUAGAUGAGGUGGUUAUACCUAAGAUAAUAGCAAUGAGAUUAACUUAUCCUGAAACUGUUAAUAAAUAUAAUAUAGAAAAAUUAAAAAUGCUAAUAAGAAAUGGUUCGAAUGUUUGGCCAGGGGCUAAUUAUAUUAUAAAAAAAAAUGUUAAUAUGAAUUAUGGUGAAGGUGGGAAAAUUGGAAAUUCAAUUAUAGAUAUAGUAAAACGUUAUGUUAAAAGGAGUAGAGAAGUAAAUACAAGCUUUAAUAGAAAUAUAAAUCAUGAACAAAAUCAAACUAGUAGUAAUAAUAAUUUUGGUGCAAAUAGAAUUAGUUUAAAAUAUGCAAAUAAAAAAUAUUUAAUUGAUAAUUUAAAAAUUGGUGAUAUAGUAGAAAGACAUAUAUGUGAUGGUGAUAUUGUAUUAUUUAAUAGACAACCAUCUUUACAUCGUAUGUCAAUUAUGUGUCAUAAAGCUCGAGUUAUGGAUUAUAAAACAUUUCGUUUUAAUGAAUGUGUAUGUAGUCCAUAUAAUGCAGACUUUGAUGGAGAUGAGAUGAAUUUACAUGUACCUCAAACAGAAGAAUCUAGAGCAGAAGCUUUAUAUCUAAUGAAUGUAAAACAUAAUUUAAUUACUCCAAAGAAUGGGGAAGUAAUUAUUGCUUUAACACAAGAUUUUUUAUCUGCUUCUUAUGUGAUUACAAAUAAAGAUACAUUUCUUGAUAGGGAUUUAUUUUGUUUAUUGUGCUCCUAUUUUUCAGAUGCAAAAAUUGAUAUUGAAUUACCUGUACCAGCAAUAUUAAAACCAAAGGAAUUAUGGACAGGGAAACAAUUAAUAAGUGUUUUAAUAAAACCAAAUAAAAGUGAAAAUACAAUAAUAAAUUUUGAAAUGAAAGAAAGAGAAUAUUCAACAAAAAAUGGAGAUUUAAAAUAUUUAUCACGAGAUGAUUCUUAUGUUUGUUUUUAUAAAUCAGAAUUAAUUUGUGGGUCAUUAGGAAAAAAGGUUCUUGGUGCAUCUAAAUAUGGACUUUUUUAUUAUUUAAUACAUAAUAAUUCAACUCAAGUGGCAUUACAAAUAAUGAAUCGAUUUUCAAAAUUAAGUAGUCGAUAUUUUUCAAAUAAAGGUAUGACUAUUGGUAUUGAUGAUGUAACGCCAUCUCGUAUAUUAACUGAUAAAAAGAGAGACUUACUUUUAAAUGGAUAUGAAAAAGUAAAUAAAGAAAUAAUGCUUUAUAAUGAAAAAAAAAUGCAAAUACAACCAGGAUGUACAUUAGAAGAAACAUUAGAAAUUAAAGUAAAAAGUAUUUUAGAUGAUUUACGUAAUGAUGCAGGUAGAACAUGUAAUCAAUAUUUACCAUAUUUAAAUAAACCUUUAAUUAUGUUUAAUUCUGGAGCAAAAGGUGCAUUAAUAAAUAUAGCACAAAUGAUUGCAUGUGUCGGACAGCAAAAUGUAUCGGGGCAAAGAAUACAAAAUGGAUUUAUUAAUAGAACAUUACCACAUUUUAAUUUUCAUUGUAAAGGAUCAGAAAGUAGAGGGUUUGUUCAAAAUUCUUUUUAUACAGGAUUAAAUCCAACCGAAUUUUUUUUUCAUACAAUGUCAGGAAGAGAAGGAUUAGUAGAUACAGCUGUCAAAACUGCUGAAACUGGUUAUAUGCAAAGAAGACUUAUGAAAGCGUUAGAGGAUUUAUCUAUACAUUAUGAUUAUUCGGUUAGAUCAUGUGAUAAACAAAUUAUACAAUUUAUAUAUGGAGAUGAUGCAUUAAACCCAUCAUACAUUGAUAGUAAUCAUACAUAUAUGGAUCAAUUUGAUAAAGUUUUUAAUCAUAUAAUUUCGAUAUCUCCUAGUCAUACAUUAUUUUUAUAUCAAUCACGAAAAAAGCAACAAGAUGAUUUAUUAGAAAAUUCUAAAGAAAUACAAAAAGAUAAUUAUAUUACUAGCGAUUCAGAUGAGGAAACAAGAUGUAAUAAAAAUUCUUUGAACCCAUUUGAUUCUACUCCAUUUUCAGAAAGUUUUCAAAGAAAUUCAUCUUUCUUAUCAAAAAUAAUUAACAAAAUUUUGGAAAAAAUGAAAGAAAUAGAUGAAGAUCACAUACUUAUACCUUUGGAGCAUGAUGUAGAGUUUGUUGGGAAAGUUCUUGGUGAAAAUUGUAACGAACUAAAUUGUGAUAGAGCCGAAGAAAGUUUAGGUUUAUCUAAAAAAAAUCAAACAAUACUUCCAUCAAAUAAGGUUAAAGAAAUAGCAUAUCAUCUUAACCAGUACAGAAACAUUGUUGAAUGUAUAAACAUAUUAAAAAAAAAAUCGUAUAUAAAAAAUAAUGAUAUAAAUAAUAGUGAUAUAGUAUUUUUGAAUGAAAUAGAACGAAGAUAUUUAAAUAGUAAAUAUAAUAAAAUGAGUAAAAAUAUUAGAAAAAAAAUUGAAAUUGUUAAUAAUAUAUAUAUAAAAGAAAAGAAUAAAAUAAAUAAAAUAAAAGAAAAAUUAAAAGAUGAAUAUUUUUAUCCAUCAAUGGAUGAUUCGAAUUUCAUCAAGCAGUUAAUGAGGAUUGCAACAAAAGAAUUUAAUGAAACAGAUGAUGCAACAAACAAAGGAAUACUAUCUAAAAUGCAUUUAUAUAAAGAUGGGAAUAAUAAUAAGAAUAUUUCUUAUAAUCAAUAUAUACAAAAUAAUAUAAACAUUAAUAAAAAUAUAAAAAAUGAAUAUAUAGAAAUAUUUGAUAAGAUAAGUGAGUGUGAAUUAUUAUAUGAGAAUAAAUGUUACAAACAAAUGAUUAAAAAUAUUAUAGCAUUUGUUAGUGUUUUUGAAAUAGUAUGUGAUGUUAAACAACAUUAUAUAUUAUUUCCAUAUGAAAUAUUAGCAUGGACAAAUUUUUUAUUAAGUUAUGUUACUGAAACAAUUCCUUUAAAUAUUUAUUCUCACACAAAUAUAUCAAAAAGAGAAAAUCCAACACAUCAAAAAAAUACAAAAACUAUGAAAAUAUAUAUUGAAGAAAUAAAAAAAUGGCUAUUAUUAAAGACUAUAAAUAUAUACAAAUUUUUUAAAUAUAAAAAAGGUGUUGAAUUAAUUAAAAAAAAUGAUUAUUAUAAUUUUGUAGAACUAAAUGGAAAAUCUAAUUCUUAUGAUCCAUCUUAUAGAUCUAUGAUAUAUGAUUAUUCAUUUAUAAAUUUAAAACAGUUAUAUAUAUUUAUUUAUUUUAAUAUUUCCAAAUAUUUCAAGUAUAUAUCAUCUCCUGGAGAUGCAGUCGGAUCAAUUUCUGCGCAAUCAAUUGGUGAGCCUGGUACACAAAUGACUUUAAAAACUUUUCAUUUUGCUGGGGUAGCUAGUAUGAAUGUUACUCUUGGUGUACCACGUAUAAAAGAAAUAAUAAAUGCAUCGAAUGUAAUUCAAACUCCAAUAUUAAACAUCCCUUUACGUAUAAAAGAUAAUUAUAAUUUUGCUUUAAUGAUGAAAUCGAAACUUGAAAAAACAUCAAUAAGAGAUAUAUGUGAAUAUAUAAAAGAAAUUUAUUGUCCUAAAGGUAUAUUUAUAUCUAUAAAAUUUAAUGAAGAUCUUAUACAAAAAUUAUUUUUAAAUAUUAAUGCAUAUACUAUUAGAGAUGUUAUAUUAAAACAAACACAUAUUAGUAAAAUUAAAAUAAACAAAAUAUAUAUUGAUGUUAUAAAUAACUAUAAAUUACAUAUUUCUAUAAAAAAUGAUGAAUUUAUAUUUUUUCAAAUCGAAUCAUUGAAAAAGGGUUUAUUAGAUUUGUUAGUAUAUGGCGAUAAAGAUAUCAAGCGAUGUAUAAUCAAAAAAGAGGAAGUUGAAGUAACAGAUGAUGAAGGGGAAGAAAAUAAUGACAAUGAAUUAGAAAACAAAAUAAAUCCAUUUAUAAAUAAUACACAAAAUAUGUUUGACACUAAAACGGUGAAACAAACAACCGAUUGUAAUGAAAACAAUUUGGAAAAGGAAGAACAACAUAUGAAAGUAGAAAAAGUAGAAAAUGUGAUAGAUCCAUCGAACAAUCAAUUGAAAGAGGAUCAUAAUUACGCAAAACAAUUUGAAAAUGAGCAAAUAAAAAUAGACCAAAAAAGUGUAAAACAAUAUGAUGGUGAUAGUCCCACUUUCUGUGAUACCAGCUCAAAAGAUGACGAGCAAAUGAUUGACCUCAGCACAGUCAACCUUGAUACCUUAAACUUUGAUGAAAUAAAUGUUGAAAAUAUAAAUGAUGAUAAAAUUGAAAUGUAUGAUGAAGAAUAUUAUGAUUCAUCAAAUGGUUUAAAGGAUAAAGAUAAUUAUUAUCAAAAAAAGCAAAAAAAAAAAAAAAAAAAAACACAAUAUUCAAUAUUAGUCGAAGGAAAUGCCCUAAAUUAUAUUCUUGGUUUAGAGGGUGUCGAUUUCAAGCAUAUUAUAUCAAAUCAUGUCAUUAAUGUUUUUCAGGUAUUAGGAAUCGAAGCAGCAAGAGUAACUAUAAUAAAUGAAAUUAAAAAAUGUAUUGAAGCAUAUAGUAUUGACAUAGACAUACGACAUAUCAUGUUGUUAGCUGACAUAAUGGCCUUCACAGGAGAGAUUUUAGGUAUAAACAGAUUUGGUAUACAAAAGGCCCGUCAAAGUACAUUAAUGUUGGCAUCAUUUGAAGAAACAAAUGAGCAUUUGUUUGUUUCAUCAUUUUUUAAAAAUAACGACGAAAUUAAUAAUAUUAGUGAAAGUAUAAUAGUAGGAAAAAAUAUUCCAAUCGGAACUGGUUCAUUCGAGCUCCUUUAUGAUUACAAACAGCCCAAUGAACAGAAAAAUUUAACUUUACUGGAACGAGCAGAAAGAGAACUGAAAAAUAAUUAA